CAAUUCAUUACCAUCGAAAACACCAAAUUCGGACAACUACUACGACUCGGUUUAUUUUACCUUUAUCGCAAAAAUUUGUAAUUUAUCUGUCAAUUGAAUUUAAAUACGGUGUACCUAUGGAUAGUAGAAGAUCAGAAAUCGUACAUUGAUUUGAUGCGGAUGUUUGUUACAGAUAAAAAAAUAUCCAAUAUCUCUAUCAAUCAAGUAAUUCAUAAAAGCCCGUUCAACUGUCUGACCCAGUAGGAGAUUUGCGUAAAUGUCAGUCUGCAUUUAAAUUACUCUUUCUAUGUUCGGGAUGCAGGAGACUCCGUCAAAGAGGAGGGUUCAUGGCUUCAGUUUCGAAUAAAAUGGAAUAGGAAAAAGAGUAUCAGCUCAGCAGCUGUGCGUCAAAGAUCGUUGGUUCUUUAUUUAUUCCAAUGUAUUCCUAAUCGUCGAUGGCUGUCUAUACUGUUUGUUAUGUUCAAAUUAUACUUGCAUACCAACUUUCCGGACGACAUCUAUAUACGAACUGAAUUAUUUUGUUUUUCAUUUAAAAACAGGCUAGCAUUCUAUUCAAAGCGUUUGGCAAAACAACAAACAACGGGACACACACAGAUGCUAACUCUACACUAAAAGUAAAAAAAAAAAAAUAAUAAUAAAAUAAAAAAGAACAAAUAUUAUGGAUUACGAAAAGAAUAAUUUGCUAUCAUUUCUGUAUGGCUUGAAAUCGAUAAUGAAGUAUGAUCAGUGGCUAAUUAUAUUAUCACAUAUUGACCUCAGAACAAUUAUUUUGAUUUGUUCACUGAUUUUUUUUCUUUGUGGUUUCCUGUAUUGGUUAAUCUUUGUGCCUCUCAAUUGGAUUAAGGAUAUAGAUCAAACUGGAAAAGGAAUAAAAAGCAAUGGAAAACGGGCUGCAAUCAAUCGGUUAAGAAAAUCACGAACUAUUGGGGUAAAAGAGUUACCUCCACCCUACCCGAAUGGGUGGUAUGGGAUUCUCGAAUCUUCUAAUCUUAGUCCCGGUGAAUCAACACAUAUAUCCUGCCUAGGAGAGCAGUUCGUCGCAUUUCGGACUCUCAAAAAUGAAGUAUUUGUGGUGGAUGCAUAUUGCCCACACUUGGGAGCCAAUUUGGGCAUUGGUGGCCGAGUUGUUGGGGACAAUAUCGAAUGUCCCUUUCACCACUGGAGUUUUCGGGGAACUGACGGAGUCUGUACCAAUAUUCCUUACAGCACUUGCGUACCUCCGGCCACAAAAAUUAAGAAAUGGAUUUCCAAAGAAGCGCAUGGAUACAUAUUUGUAUGGUAUAGUGCGGAGGCUUCUGAAUUGCCUUGGGAUAUUCCAGAAUCAAAGGAGGUUGAAAACAAAACAAUAGUUUACCAAGGUCGCAAUGAAUUCCACGUACGCUGUCAUAUUCAAGAGAUACCGGAAAAUGGAGCUGACCUGGCGCACUUCCGGGCAAUUCACAAUGAUAAUAUUAUCACUGGUACCUCUGAUCAAAAGCACAGUAUAUUCAGCUGGCUCGGAUAUCAUCAGUGGCAGGCAAGUUGGAGCCCAUCGGAAACCAAGCAUAUAGGUGAAAUACAGAUGAGCCAUAUGUUUGAAUUAUUUGGAAAGUUUAAAUGUUUUCAAAUGACUAUAAUCGGAAAACAGAUUGGACCCGCUUACGUUCAUCUCACUUUGCACUCACCAUCGAUCGGAAGCUUUCAAAUAUUUCAAACAGUUACUCCGGUAGAGCCUUUAUUGCAGAAAGUGGUUCACAGAUUUUAUGGUAGCCCAAAGAUUGCUGCCUUAAUGAAGUUUCUUAUUUUCGGGGAAACUGUGAUGUUCGAACGGGAUAUGAAUGUAUGGAAUCAUAAGAUGUAUCGCAACAGCCCACUGCUCGUGGCGGAGGAGUCCCCCCUAAAAAAAUUUCGAAAAUGGUAUUCACAGUUCUACUCGGACAACAGCAAAUCUUUUCAGUCUGCCAAUAGUCAAGAUUGGUAGAAGUCGAAC